CAUCCAUGCAUUAACCUGGGUGCCAUGUGACGCGCGGCGUGUCCCGCCACGUCGCGUGGCGGGGAGGGAGAUGCACGUAUCCGCACGAUAUGGGAAAAUCGUAUUUGUCGGAGUCCGGGAGCACGUCGCUCGUAUUUUUCUUGUCGCGAUCAUGGGGCGGCUUCCGCGCUUCUCUCUUUCUUUUCCUUUUAUUUUUUUUCCCAGUUAAUUGGUUGAUUAAUAGUUGAUGGGUUUGACCCGGGGGGAGAGAGAGAGAGAGAGAGAGCGUGAGUCCUUUUCUUUGCUUUUGAAGUUGAACCCGAAAAUUGUGGAAGUCGGCAAAGGCAAGCCGGUGAAAGUCCAGAAGUCGGUUCCGCGUUCAAACGAUAACCUGCUUUCUUUUCCUUUGGGAGGGAGAGGGAGAGGGAGAGGGAGAGACUGGAAGAGAAGAGGGGAAGGGGAAGGGGAAGGGGAAGGGGAAGGUCAUAAUUCCCACCCCAUCAGGACUCAAUUUUCUUCCAGUGAUUGUGCUGCUAUCUUAGAGGGGUAGAGCCAGACCCAGACCCAGACCCAGACCCAGACCCCUUCUCAUAUUCAGAUCCAUCCCCCCCUAUCUCUCUCUCUUCAAAUUCAACCCACUCAUCUGUUGUGGCUGGGAAUUGCGGCAGAAGCAGUCAGGGCAGGCUCUCUCCGACCGAGUACGAUGAAGAGAACGGAAUCCAGAAAGUCGCACUCUUGGUGGUGGGAUAGUCAUAUUGGUGCCAAAAACUCCAAAUGGCUGGCCGACAAUCUCGAGGAGAUGGACCAGGGCGUGAAAAGGAUGCUGAAACUUAUCGAAGAAGAUGCAGAUUCUUUUGCCAAAAAGGCUGAAAUGUACUAUAAAAGAAGGCCUGAUUUGAUCUCCCAUGUGGAGGAGUUCUACCGCAUGUAUAGGUCUCUAGCAGAGCGUUAUGAUCACCUGACUGGAGAAUUGCGCAGAAACAUUCCUUCAGAUCUCCAAUCUCAGGGCUCUGGCAUCUCAGACAUCGGUUUUGAACUGCCUUCUUCAUUGCCCUCUCCUGAUUUAAAGCUAGGUCGCCGCAGAUCUGGGCUUCAAGCUGCUGGCUUUGACUUCUUCCUAGGUUCUGGUGGAAACAACUCUGAUGGUUUUCAUAGAGAAGGAGAUGAAUUAUCUUCACUGACAGAUUCUGAGCCUGAAUGUGAUUCUUCCUCAGUUAACAAUUACUCAGUUUAUUCAGGCAGUGGCAUUGAUCAAGGGCUACAGUUGAAAGUGAUGGAGCUGGAGAAUGAACUCCGGGACAUGAGAGAGAGGGUCCAGAUGCAGCGGGAAGAAAAUGGAGAUGGUUUACGGAGAGAAGUAAAAUAUGAUGCUUCCGAUGAUAUUGCAUCCAUAACCUUGAAGUAUGAGAAGGAGCUCAAAACUGCAAACGAGAAGGUCCGCCUUUCGGAGGAGGAGAUCGCUAAGUUAAAGAUUCAGCUCCAGAAAUAUGGUUCUAAGGAAUGUGAUAAUGACAUGUUGGAAUUGGAUGCACUUAAACUGACAAAGGGAGAUACUAAAAUGCAGGAGGUUGAGCUGGACAUACAUGAGACUCUGGAGUCACGGCUUCCGGGUAGUAAGAAUCAGGUUUUGGUGGAAGAGAUAAGAAUCCUAAAAGAAAAGCUUCAGGAUGGAAUGACCGAAAUAGCUAGUUUGAAAAAAGAGCUUGAGGACAGUAGAUCCUCAGAGAAAAAUUGCUUUUCACAGGAUCAGCUUGAAUUGGCUCAAAAAGACGCUUCUACUUGGAAAACUAAGUAUAAUGCUGAGAAAAGAGAGGUCUCGAAAUUUCAGGAAAGAAUGUUAAGAAUGAAAGCAAGUUUAUCAGACCGGGAUCAUGAAAUUAGGGAACUGAGAACUGCGGUAUCUGAUGCUGAGGAGAAGAUUUUUCCAGAAAAGUAUCAGAUCAAGGCUGAAAUAUCUAGACUGCUAGAAGAACGGAGCCACAUGGAGCAGCAGCUCAGAGAAGAGGAGUCACGGGGACGCUAUCUAGAAGAUGAAAUCAGAAAGGUGAAAGCUGAGAGCGAAGGAACAGAAGAACGGCUUAACAAAGUCAUCGAGCAUAUGAAAGCAGAGAUGUCUGCAGGAGCUGAUUGCUUGGAAAAUUUAAAGAGAAGCUACGACAUGCUCCUAUCUGAGAGAAACGAGCUAGAUGCUGAAGUCCUUAGGCUCAAGGAAGAGGUUAGGUCAAACGAGGAUAAGAUGGAUCAAAAGAAUAGGCAGUUGGAGAAGUUAAAUAUGGAGCACGUUGAGCUGAUUGCUGCUUCUGAAGGGUUGCAGAAGGUGGUGGAAGAAUGGAGAAGAAGAGCCAAGGAGAUGGAGGAAGAGAUCCAGAGGCGAGAUGGUAUGAUCUUGGAAAGUGCAGAGCAGAAGCGGGAGGCUAUAAGACAGCUGUGCUUCUCGUUGGAGCAUUAUAGAAACAACUAUCAUAAGCUUAGACAUGCCUGCGUAAAGCACAAGAAAUUUACAAGCAUAGCAUAGCAUACUUACUGGAUGAUACAUGUGAAUCUAUUGCGUCUGCAGAUUGUACAUUUAUCUUAGGAAGGUAGGGGACACAAUGGACUCAAGGAGAGAGCAAUUGGGCAGACCUGCGUUCUCUUUGGUGAAUUUUGAUUUGCGACGUCUUCCUGGGUAUUUGUUUGGAGUGCUUCUUUUUCAUAUUGGAUCUGCUGGAAUACCUCAAGUACACAUCAUGACUGCUUGUGAUCUGAAUGCGGCCUUGUGGAACAUGGAGACAGAAAUCAAAGCAGACUCCUGUCAAUCUUCCCUGCGCCAACCAUUUGUUCUGCCACUUUCUCUGCUUGGUAUUUUGGUAUAAUUCCAACCUGAACUUGGUGAGGUUCUGUUUUACUUUUACAAACUUCGCUAUCAGCGUAGAAUGGCAACCCCUACAUGUGCCACACUAUUCCGUGGUUUGAGUUGUUUGAGGAGACCGGCUCCUGUACCUUUGUGCAAGACAAUAAAGAAACCAAAAUACUGAAAUGGAGGCUUUCGGUGCUUAUUGGAUUUA